GGCUGUGCUGGGAUGGGGGCCAUUAUAAUCAGACAAGCUCAGAAAUUCUCAGGUCAUUAAGGGGGUGGAGGUCAGCAGUGCUCAGGUCAUUGGGAGGGUGGAGGUCAGUAAUGUUCAGGUCAUUAGGAGGGUGGAGGUCAGCAAUGUGCAGGUCAUUAGGAGGGUGGAGGUCAGUAAUGUUCUGGUCAUUACGAGGGUGGAGGUCAGCAAUGUGCAGGUCAUUAGGAGGGUGGAGGUCAGCAAUGUGCAGGUCAUUGGGGUGAAGGUCAGUAAUGUUCAGGUCAUUAAUGGGGUGGAGGUCAGUAAUGUUCAGGUCAUUAGGAGGGUGGAGGUCAGGGUGGAGGUCAGUAAUGUUCAGGUCAUUAGGAGGGUGGAGGUCAGCAAUGUGCAGGUCAUUGGGGUGAAGGUCAGUAAUGUUCAGGUCAUUAAUGGGGUGGAGGUCAGUAAUGUUCAGGUCAUUAAGGGGGUGGAGGUCAGUAAUGUUCAGGUCAUUAGGAGGGUGGAGGUCAGUAAUGUUCAGGUCAUUAGGAGGGUGGAGGUCAGCAAUGUGCAGGUCAUUGGGGUGAAGGUCAGUAAUGUUCAGGUCAUUAAGGGGGUGGAGGUCAGUAAUGUUCAGGUCAUUAGGAGGGUGAAGGUCAGCAAUGUGCAGGUCAUUGGGGUGAACGUCAGCAAUGUGCAGGUCAUUGGGGUGGAGGUCAGCAAUGUUCAGGUCAUUAGGAGGGUGGAGGUCAGCAAUGUGCAGGUCAUUGGGGUGAAGGUCAGCAAUGCGCAGGUCAUUGGGGUGGAGGUCAGUAAUGUUCAGGUCAUUGGGGUGAAGGUCAGCAAAGCGCAGGUCAUUGGGGUGGAGGUCAGUAAUGUUCAGGUCAUUGGGGUGGAGGUCAGUAAUGUUCAGGUCAUUAGGAGGGUGGAGGUCAGCAAUGUGCAUUUCUGUGAUGGGUAAUAUUCAUUUCUCAUUCUUUCUUAUUCUUAUUUUCAUACGAAUUAGAAGCAUUAAUCAUGAAAAUAAACAUGACAGGUGGGAAUUGUUGUAAAUCACUUUGCAGGUAACACUGGCAGAUACACGUCGGUACCCAGGGAAUCCGGUAUGCUGUACAGUAUCCGGUUUGGCUUCUAAUUCCUCAUGUACGGCUUCUCCCAGAAAGCCUGGCUCUCCACUCGAGGCCUAGAGAAACAAAGCCUGCGAGAGAAUACUAAUCAGAAGUCUCCAGAAAACAUGUCUUCCGGGGAGCCGCCUUAUUCGUCUGUUGAUUUAUUGGCUAAUUGUAGUGAGGCGGUAAUUGCUCCCAAUUUGCUCCUGUAAUCACUGUGCUGCGAGCCCCCCCCCCCCCCCACACACAAAAAAAACCCGCUAACAGUCACGCCUUCUUUGGGUCGGCCAAGCUGCAGGAAACCGAAGCCGUCUGGCCACUCAGCACGGCUGGCUGUCCGCAUCUCCUCCCUCAGCGGGGUGGCGUGACGACGCUUUAUCCUUUGGUUCCUCCACCUGCCUGCUGGCGAUGGGUCUCAUCCCUCAGCCCGCUGUGGGCCAUUUGCCCCACUCUCAGACACUAAGGGUGGCUUCAGUCUGCCCUCCACAACGUCACACGUACGACAGUAAUGUGGAUGCUGGACUGAAUAGUCUCUCUGUGCUGUGUGGUGUGGAGUCUCUCUGUGCUGCCUGGUAUAGAAUCAUUCUGUGCUGUAUGAAGUCUCUGUAUGCUGUGUGGAGUCUCUCUGUGCUGCGUGGUAUAGAAUCAUUCUGUGCUGUAUGAAGUAUCUGUAUGCUGUGUGGAGUCUCUGUGUGCUGUGUGGUAUAGAAUCACUGUGUUGUGUGGUGUGGAGUCUCUCUGUGCUGCGUAGUAUAGAAUCAUUCUGUGCUGUGUGGAGUCUCUGUAUGCUGUGUGGAGUCUCUGUGUGGUGUGUGGUAUAGAAUCACUCUGUGUUGUGUGGUGUGGAGUCUGUGCUGCGUGGUAUAGAAUCAUUCUGUGCUGUAUGAAGUCUCUGUAUGCUGUGUGGAGUCUCUCUGCUGUGUGCUAUAGAAUCAUUCUGUGCUGUGUGAAGUCUCUGUAUGCUGUGUGGAGUCUCUGUGUGCUGUGUGGUAUAGAAUCAUUCUGUGCUGUGUGAAGUCUCUGUAUGCUGUGUGGAGUCUCUGUGUGCUGUGUGGUAUAGAAUCACUCUGUUGUGUGGUGUGGAUUCUCUCUGUGCUGCGUAGUAUAGAAUCAUUCUGUGCUGUAUGAAGUCUCUGUAUGCUGUGUGGAGUCUCUGUGCUGUGUGGUAUAGAAUCAUUCUGUGCUGUGUGAAGUCUCUGUAUGCUGUGUGGAGUCUCUGUGUGCUGUGUGGUAUAGAAUCACUCUGUGUUGUGUGGUGUGGAGUCUCUCUGUGCUGUGUGGUAUAGAAUCAUUCUGUGCUGUGUGGAGUCUCUGUGUGCUGUGUGGUAUAGAAUCAUUCUCUGCUGUGUGAAGUCUCUGUAUGCUGUGUGGAGUCUCUAUGUGCUGUGUAGUAUAGAAGCAUUCUGUGCUGUGUGAAGUCUCUGUAUGCUGUGUGGAGUCUCUGUGCUGUGUGGUAUACAAUCAUUCUGUGCUGUGUGAAGUCUCUGUAUGCUGUGUGGAGUCGCUAUGUUCUGUGAAGUUUCACCCAUGAUUUUUGGACUCUUCUGGGUCUUAAUUUGACCUGGCCCAACUUUAAAAUCGAUCCGUAAGCCGGUGUUGUUUAGCCCCGGGUUUGAACUCUGACCCCUGUGGUGUCUGUGUGAAUGCAGGUCCAUCAUGAUGGAUCUAUACUACCUCAGCCAAGCGGACGGCGCUGGGGACUGGCGGGAGAAGGAGGCCAAGGACCUGUCCAGCCUGGUGCAGAACCGGAUCACUUAUCUGCAGAACCCACAGGACUGCAGCAAAGCUCGCAAGCUGGUCUGCAACAUCAACAAGGGCUGCGGCUAUGGCUGCCAGCUGCACCACGUGGUCUACUGCUUCAUGAUCGCCUAUGGAACGCGGCGCACCCUCAUCCUGGAGUCACACAACUGGCGCUACGCCACCGGCGGCUGGGAGACCGUGUUCCGGCCCGUCAGCGACACCUGCACGGACCGCACUGGUUCUUCCACGGGCCAUUGGUCUGGUGAAGAUAAUGACCGGAACGUGCAGGUGAUAGAGCUGCCCAUUGUGGACAGCCUGCACCCACGGCCUCCCUACCUGCCCCUGGCCAUCCCCGAAGACCUGGCCGACCGGCUGCACCGUCUCCACGGCGACCCGUCCGUCUGGUGGGUCUCACAGUUUGUGAAAUACCUGAACCGGCCUCAGGCCUGGCUGGAGAAGGAGAUCCAGGAGACUACCAAGAAGCUGGGCUUCAAGCAUCCCAUCGUCGGAGUACACGUGCGUCGCACAGACAAGGUAGGCACGGAGGCGGCGUUCCACCCCAUCGAGGAGUACAUGGUGCACGUGGAGGAGCAGUUUGAGCACCUGGCCCGGCGGAUGCGUGUGGACAGGAAGCGUGUGUACCUGGCCACGGACGACCCCUCCCUGCUGCAGGAAGCCAAGAGCAAGUACCAGGACUACGAGUUCAUCAGCGACAACUCCAUCUCCUGGUCUGCUGGGCUGCCCAAUCGCUACACAGAGAACUCGCUGAGGGGCGUGAUCCUCGACAUCCACUUCCUGUCCCAGACCGACUUCCUGGUCUGCACCUUCUCAUCCCAGGUGUGCCGCGUGGCCUACGAGAUCAUGCAGACCCUCCAUCCGGAUGCCUCCUCCUACUUCUACUCGCUCGACGACAUCUACUAUUUCGGAGGCCAGAACGCACACAACCAGAUAGCCAUAUACCCGCACGAGCCGCGCGGCGCCGAGGACAUCCCGCUGCGGCCCGGCGACGUCAUCGGUGUGGCCGGCAACCACUGGGAUGGCUACUCCAAGGGCCUGAACCGCAAGAUAGGCCGCACGGGCCUCUAUCCCUCCUACAAGGUAAAGGAGAAGAUCGAAACAGUGAAGUACCCCACGUACCCCGAGGCAGACAAACUGCUCCACCUCUAAUGGGGGCGGGGCCACGCUUCAGCCUGCACGCUCCCACGGGGAAGCGAGAGACCGCUGCAUCCUGAACCGAACGGACAGGAUGUUACUGCGGUUUUGUGUGGGGGUGGGAGGGGGUGUUCCUGGCCCCAGCACACAGCAGCCCCUGACCGAGAUCCCUCCUCCAGCAAUGUCAGGGUUGUGAACAAAAGGGAAGGACUAAACAUCUGGCCAGACCAGCCAAUCUCAUGAAGGAAUUGCUCUCCCAAGGAAAGUAGGAUGGACUUUAGAUCCAAUUAGAGAACUGAGCAGGAAGGAAUGUUAUUUAUUUGUGUGUGUGUGUGUGUGUGUGUGUGUGUGUGUGCGCGCACGCGUGCACGGGCGGGUGUUAUUUUAAUAUCCUCCUGCACUGACCUUUUUUUGACCACUCGUGCUCAUUGAAUGUAACUUCCUCUUGUCAAACUUCCUGACUUCCUCCACUGACCGCCAUACCCCCCCCCCCCCCGCCCAUCCCGCCCCUCCGAACAGGGAAGUUGUGCUGUUCACUCCAAGCCUCCAAGCUCUCACUUGUACUUAUGUUCACAAAUGUCACAUGACGCUGUUCCCCUCUAACUUUAUGUGUCUGAGUGCGUGUGCGUGUGCUGCGGUGGGUGGGGGGGGGGGUUACACACGGGUUUAAAAGCAGGGUUCCCAUGAAGGAAAUGGCCUCUUUCUUCCUUCUCUCUGUUGCAAUCUUAUCCUCUCUGAGGGCGACAGGGGGACCUCCAGGCCCCCGGACUAAUGCGGGCGCCACAGACUACGCCCCCUUCUGGGCACAAUGAACAAAGCACUCAAACAUCCUGCCAGCCCCUUGUCUGUUUAUCUAAAUGUCUCCUCGUUUGUUUUUUUUUUUUAACUUUUUAACAUAUAGAAACAGCAAAGGCACCCAAAUUACAAGUGGUAGUAAUGUUAAUAAUGAUGAUGAUCCUCUCUGUCAUGCCAUACUGUACUCUAGUGCAUCCUGGAGGGAUUUUCUGUUUCUGGGCAUCGUCUUUGAUAAACACGGAUGAAAUAAAUCUGAAAUCCACCUG